AUGGUGAUCUUACAAAUAGUGCAAAGUGAUAUUAAAAGGUGGUCACGUCAAACAUCAAACAGUGAAUGGAUCCCACUGGCGAACCCCAGAAAUAAUCAAAAAAGUAAGAGUGAAGUGUUGAUGCCAUCAAUAUCAAUAGCUGAUAGAAGUAUAAAGCCAGCUGAGCAAGUAUCUAUUUUGUCUUUAUCACCCACAUUACAACAACAGUAUAAAAAUCAACUGUUACAAUUACAAAAAACACAAGAGAGUAUUCAAAAAUUAUUAUUACUUCAGCAGCAGCUAAAGACUCAACAUCAACUUUUACAGUCUCAAGCUUACCAGCCGAAUAGCUUUAUGAACACACAUGAUGAAAAACAAGCACUUCAUCAGAGUACAAUAAGAAAUCUUCAAACUCUUCCAAUUUUGGCACCAGAAGUACUUAUAUCAACAGUUCCAUCUGUAAAAGCAUUACCCCCUUUAUUUCAAUAUGAAAAUUUUCAUUCGUCGGGAUUAAAUAUUAAAUUAAAUAAGGAACAUCAAAAUCACCACUUGAUUUUAAAUUCGCCAACAAAUUCUGAACAAAAUAAUGGUCAGACUUACGAUGAAUUAAUAUCUCAAAAUCGUCAUGAGAAUAGUGGAAAAAAUUAUGACACAAAGGAGAAAAGUCGCUAUGAGAUGAUACACAGGUUUAGAGAACAACCAUUUCAAAUGAAUUACAUAGCUCCAAUGAUGAAUUCGGCGCAAGAAUCAAACAAUAAUCCACAAGAGAUUCAACUUGUAUACGUGCCAGCUGAAAUUUUAACACAUCGAGGACCGGUUGAACUGCAGAAAUCUCAAUCAAGAAAAUAUCCUGCUAAAUAUGACCAAAAUCGUUUAGAAAUAUCUUCCACUUCCUCUCCAGUUCAUAAUGCAUAUGAACAAGAAUUUUUUUCUCAAAUACAAGAACAUAUCAAAGGGAAAAAUCAAUUUUCUGAUCCGGAAAGGGAAAAAGAUACAACUAAAUUAUAUACAGAUCAAAUGAAAUUGGAAAAGCAAACACACUUACAUGAACAAGUAGUUAGAAAAGAAGAAGAAGUACACAAUUUAAGAGAAGCUGAAAAAAAACAAAAGGAACUAAAGAACAUAGAAGAAAUUUCAGAUCAGAGAGAAUUAUAUAAGUUACAAGAUAUAAAAAAGAAACUGGGUCAAGAUGAUAGAAAUUUAACUGAGUUCCAGCCAAAACAAGAAGACAAACAAAGUGGAUAUGAACAUUUAUUUAAUUAUGUAAACAUUAAAGAACUACCACAAAAACAAGAGAAUAAACACGAUUAUGAACCCAAAACUGGAACAAGAUCAGGUACAAUAAAUAGUGCAAGUUUUGAUAUUAAUGGAACCGAAUCAUAUGAAACUAAACAGCCAAAAUCUCAAUCUCAAUUACAUGAUCAGCAUUUAACACAGAUUGCAAAUAAAAUUUCAAAAGGAUUUAAAUCUCGAACUAAACCAAGAAAUAAAUUAAGUAAUUCUCACAGUCAAGAAUUAUAUGAAUUAAGAGACAUACAAUUAACUACUCCUUCUCCAAAUCAACCACCACUUUCUAUUUAUACAAAGGUUGAUAUAUCAAGUCAUUAUAAUUAUCAACUAAUUGAUGUUUUGAAAAUAUUGAAAAGUAGUAAAUCAAUAGAUGUGCUUGAUGAUUUUAGUACAGAUAAUCCUACUUUAUUUGUUGGUCCUAAAUAUUUAGAUCCUACAGUUGGUUAUGCUAAAUUUGAUUUACCAUAUUUAUCUUCAAUUGAAAACAGUCCGAUAGAGAAGAAAGUUGAUAAACUUCCUUUUUUUGUUGCACCAUUAAGUUUUGAUCCACCUUCGGGAUAUUUUAAAAUUCCAUUUCCUGCUCCACAUAUCGGGUCAGUUAUAAUCAGUAGUGUAGAAAAUUUUGAAGCGAUAUUAAAAGAAGAUAAAAAUUUAAAUAUAACAUAUUUAAUACAACCGAAUUCUUAUUUUGUAAAUAAUAAACCUAUAAUAACUGAUGAUACUAUUAUGCCAAUGUCUUAUUUACAAAGAUCCAGUACAUCAAAAUAUGACACAUCAUCUUCCCCAAUUAAAUCAAGUAUGAAUUGGAAAUUGAUGGAAUUUUAUGAAAAUAUACCGCCGACCGAAACAUUUUCAGUAAAAAGUGAGCCUUCUUAUAAUAAAGAGCGGAUGCCAAAUAAUAAAUUAGAACAAACUUUUGCAAAUAAAAACUAUUACAAUUCAAAUGAAGCAAUCACAACACCUGAAUAUCAUAGUCAAAAAUCAGUUUCAAUAUUUCCAUUCGAACAAACCAUUUCUCAGUCAAUGUCUUUACAUCAAGAAAAAUCAAUAACAAAUCACAAUGUCAAACCUCAGUUUAUUAAUUCCAAUGUAGAGCAAAAUCAACAGAGACUAAAAGAUGGCCAUGAUUCAGAACAAUAUAAGCAAAACAAUGAAAGAUAUAUUAUUGAUCCGAAGGGACAUGCAGUAACUAAUAUGCAUUAUUUAAACCCAUCAUUAAAUUAUGAUGAAGAUACACAAUAUAAUCUAUCUUCUCAUUUACCAGCUAUUUCGCCACAGCUUCCUGGUUUAGUUAACGCACUCGUUGAAAAAUCAGACUCGUUAAGUAUUUUUCCACCAUCUACAACUGCAAUAAUAAUGCCAAUAAAUACAACAGAAGUACCAACUACGUAUAGGUCAAAAUCACGAUACAGAAGUAGGCCUACUACAUUAAAAACUAUAACUACUACCAUUCCUUCGUUUUUAAGAGGAAAUUCUGAUAGAGGAAGAAAACCAUUGACAAGAUCUAGAUCGAAAUUCAUAACUACAACAGAUCAAUAUUCAAAAUUAUCUUCUUCAAAACAUAAUGAACAAGAUAGUUACAUACCGAAAACAACAAUUGGUAAUCAAAAAUAUAAACAUGGAGAAAAUAAAAUACAAGAAUCUACACAAACUCAGAUAUUAAAUUUAAAUCAUCGAAAUAAACAAGAUUCUUAUAAAGAAUUUGACUUACCUUCGUUCGAUUUAAAAAACAUUAGUUCUCAAAUUUUGGAUAAUGUACAUGCAAAUUUAAAUAUUUCUUCGUCAACAUCAAAUAAUUAUGCUACAUCUACAAUUGUACCUAUCGCCAGUACUUCGCCAGAUCAUAUGGAAAUUUUUGAUUCCACAUCAUCGUUACAUGAUUUUGAAGACAUUCAAAAAUCUACUCAAAUACCGAAUCAUCAAACCUCUAUUGUGUAUAAACAAGUAAAUACCGAAGAACAACCAAUAAAUGCAUUUCGCUAUAAGCCACAUGAAAGUAGUUCUAUCUCAUAUAAAAAAGAUUCUUAUUAUAAACCUGAAAAAAUGGAAAACAUUAUGUUAGAACCGAUUGUUACCACUGAAUUAUCUAAUACACAAAGAUUACAUCUGCAAGAUUAUUCACCAGUUUAUCACUCUGUUUCUGUUAAUGAUCAAUAUGAAGAAAAGGGUACUUCUAAACCAAUUUAUUAUAAAUCUGAUAGUAAUAAUAAUAAUAAGGAAGAACCGCCAUUUUUUUUGCCUAUCUCGGAAAAUAAACACAAAGACUUUGCUUACAAAAAAACAAUAGUUGAAGCAGUAUCCGAGGCUGCGGAUACAAUAAUAAAUAUGACGAUAACAACAACAACGGAGGUACCAUUAACAAUUCGUUAUCGCGGUCGUAAUCGUUUGAAUGGUCGCACAGAGUUACGCAAAGAUUCGGUUAUACAGACGCAAUCAAAUGGAUCUCAAGAUGAAUACGUACACUUUAGUGCUGUAAAUAUAAAUUCGGCAAAACCAAGACAACGAAUAAGAUCGAGAACACGAGUACAACAAAUUGAUCAUAAGAAUUCACCAAUCCAAACAGAUGGUCCAGAAUAUGUGAGAAUUCAAACGGCAUCACCUGAACAAUAUACAAUUGAUAACACUGCCAUAACACAAUUAACAAAGUUACCAGAAACCAUUACUGUUUCAGCAGAUGGUACAACAGCUAAUGAAUCAGAUCAAUCACGAGCUCAGUUCAUAAAAAAUCGUCAAGAUAUGUAUUUUGCAACACGUCGACCAAUGAUUACUGCUCGUAUAACAACUCCACCUAAUACAGACAGUCAACGCGUAAAUAAUUCUCGAAUUGGCGGAAUGUGGGUAGGGGAAAUGAAACUCUCAAAAUCGCGUAGCAGAUUACGCAGACCUGGUAUUAAAAGACGUACAACUACUACAACUAUAAGUACAAUAGAGGCGAAUGAAGACUUAUCAUUGGAAGAGCAAUUAUCAAAGACUGUAUCUCACGAAUUACAUGAUAUAGUAAAUAUGCAGAGUAAUUAUGAUUAUAAAAAUCCUGUUCUAUAUGACAAAAAUACAACAUCUGUGAAAAUUACACCGAAUCAGGAAUUUUUAUUGAAUUAUGGAACUGCACAAAAUUUUAACCGUCAUAAUUAUGAUCAAACACAAAUAGAUGGUGAUUUACCACACCACUAUCACUCUACGCCAAGUAUAGUAGUAAGUACUGGCCGUUCAGUGUCUGAUAUUUAUGGAGCAGAAAGCCAGUGGUCAACUAAACUCACAGACAAUUCGUUUCAACCGAGCAGCUAUUCCCUCAAUCAAGAAAUAAAUGAAUCAAACAAGUCUUUAAAUGAACAGAAAAAAAAAGAUACUGAUAAUCCACAGGAAAUUAUAACUGUAUCAUCCAACAUACCUUCUAUUACUGUUUUUGUCACAUCUAACAGUAAUAAUAUUGAACAAAAGCAAGAAUCACUGUCACAUUUCGAUGAAUCUGUCCUAAAUAAGGAUAUGAUGUCCGAUUUUGGAAAAAAAAUGAAUAGUAGAGAUGAAAUUAAUAAUACCAUAAUUACACCUGCAGUUGCAACUUCCACUCGAAAUACUAUAGAGUCAGAUUUAAAUAAAAAUAUUAGUACAACAUUCAAAAAGGCAGGAUUGAGAAGAAGACGUAUUCGUGUUCGAGUAAAAUCAACAGGAUCGAGAUCAGAAAAUGUUCCUAUUGCUGAAUUUCAAAGUUAUAAUACCCCUUUCAAUAAUUUAUCACGAGAAACGAAUAAUUUUCACAUUUUUAAUAGUAUUACCGAACCAACUACUAUAAUAAAAACUAUAGUAAACCCCACUUCAUCUUUAGUAGAAUCCAGAGAAACAGAGAAUUCAAUAUUUCAAAUGUCAUUUGAUAAAUUUUUAGAUAAAAAGCACAUCGAUAGUACCACACUGCUCAAUAGAGCCAUUACAAUGCCAAAGAAAAUUUCAAAUAGUUCAUGGACAAUUUCCACAAUAAUUCCAGAAGCACAAAAUGAAAAUUUAACUAUUAUAAAAGAUAAAAAUAACACAAUUGAGAAUUAUUUUCAAUCAUCAACUAAUUUAACAAACACAAGUAAUAUAGAUAAGGAUAUUAAUAAUAAUCAAUUACUUAUAACAACAGAAAAAGUGAUUCAGAAUACUGACGUAAUUUUUACUACAAGUAUUAAUCAGAUAAGGGUAUCUUCUACAACACCAAAAUUUGAAGAAACAAAUAAUAAUAACGGGAAAAAUAUAAUUCAACAAAUAAAUCCAGACGAUUUACACAAAUAUUUUAGUACAAAAAGUCCGAUAUUUAAUGUGUAUUUUCGGAAUCAAGACAAGCUUCAGAAUUCUAAUUUUAAUAAUGAUAAUAUAGAUUAUCCGAAGAAUCAUAGAAGUAAGUGGAGUGAAGUACGACAUCUUUCUGAUAAAAUACUCUUUAACUUUACCAAGUGGAAUGAUAAAAGUCUGAAUCAAAUGGAGGGGGAUGGAUACAUAAAUCAGAAAAAAGAAGUUAAUGAGAAACCCUAUAAUGUUAGUGCUACUGAUUACGUAAAUGCUAUUUUUGAAAGUAUUAAAAGUGCUGACGAGAAACAGAAUCAAAGUGCCAAAUUGGAGACUCCAGCAAUAUCAAAUCAGAAUCAGGAUAGUAAAUUAUUUAAGAUUGAAGAAACUUCAAAUUUAUCUAAAAGAAUUAAAACUUCUUUAAAUAGUUCAGGUGUAUCCGAAUCAGAAGUUAAUACUAGCUCAGAGCAAAAUAAUACUUCAAUAACUACAACUUUAGAAUCUAUAACAUUCAAUCCAGUUGUAUCAUCUGUGACUGAUAAAACAAUUGGAUUAUUAAAAAAAAUACCUUUUCAAACAAAUUUUGGAAAAAUCCUAAAAAUGUCGACUACAACAAAAGUUUCGCAUAUGACUGAAAUUUGCUACCGCGGACACUGUGUCAUGUCUAAGCCCAAAAAUGAAGAUUCUUUGAAUUGAAUAUAUAAUUAUAAAAAGUAGAUCUAAAUAUUUUAUUUUU